AUGUCCAUCCUUCGUCGCAAAGUCAUCUUGAUCACGGGUAUCAACGGAUAUCUGGCUUCAAAUACUGGCACGGCUGUGUUGCAAGCAGGCCACAUUCUCCGUGGCACAUGUCGCUCCCGCGAGAGAGUGACAGCUUUACUAGAAGGCCCAUGGAAAAGAUUUGAAUCACAAAUCGAAAUCGCUGUUGUGCCGGAUAUAAGUGAGGUGGAGGCGUUCGACGAAGCUGUCAAAGGGGUUUCUGCGAUUAUUCACAUGGCGGCACCAGUUAUCGGCCCCGGAAUCACAAAGGCAUCGACGCAGUUGAUCGAACCUACAAUUGCUGGAACACGAAACUUACUCAACUCGGCUUUGAAGUAUGCUGGCGAUCAACUAGAGAUUUUUGUCUUUACCUCAUCUGCAGCAGCCUGCAUUAAGCCCGGCGCUCAGCCCCCGCACGUUUACAAUGACGAUAGUUGGAAUGUCGUCCAUCCCGAGAUUGUAGAGAGGGAGGGCGACAAUGUCUCGAUCUUCGCUUCCUAUCCAGUUGCGAAGAUCAGGGCAGAGAAGUACGUUUGGGCCCUCUACGAGAGCAAGGCACCAUUUGCCAUCGCUUCUAUCUGUGGAUCCAUCGCGACUGGUCCACCAAUUGUUCUCCCAGAGUCCGAAACCGAAAUUCCAUCCACCUGCAAGUCGAUCCUGAAUGCUCUCCGAGGGCUAGAACUGCCUGGACCCCAGGACCACAUUGCCAAGAUCGCCGGAGCCGCCCCAUACUCGGAUAUCCGCGAUAUUGCUAAAAUCUACCUAUGGUGCACUGAGAACCCCAAACUAGCUGACGGGCAGCGAUAUCUGGUGGUCGCGGGGCAUGGACCUCAGAAAGCAAUCUAUGACAUCCUCAAAGAAGCGUACCCAGAACGCGCGGAUAUCAUCCCCGAUGGAGAUAAAACCUUCAGUUAUAACAAGGACUGGACUUUUGAUGAGGCUGGGGUCCGAUUCGACUCAAGCAAGGUGCAGAAGCAUGUCGAAUUGACCUUCAAGACAUACAAAGAGACAAUUCUGGAUACGGCGGAGGCUUUGGCUCCGUACUGGAAGUAG